AUGGACUCGUCGUCGAGAUUUAACGUUUUGAGCGUUGAUUUUGACCCUUCGUCACUCCUGGAUGAAUCAGAGAAUGUACCUUUUGACAACAUCUAUGAUAGAUUUUAUUCUUCUCUUCUAGAUAACAUCACAGACGAGAGGGUCUCCGCUGCCGUUGAACGUAUGCUAACUUCGAAAUUAUCUGUUGGACGUUUGUCUCAUGCGCAAUUCUUGUUACCCUGGCGAUACCAACCUCCAAACGAGUUCAGUGAUUCUGCCGCUAAAGCCCGUGCUAAAGGUGAUGUCGCUACUACCAGUCGUGGAAAAAAUCUGAAAGAAGGUAUGUUUGAGCUUCUCACUCUUCGAACUCACCGUUUCGUCCCAGACCUGCGCGCAUUUGUAUCGCGUUCCAAGGGAGAGGCAGAAAUAACCAAAAAACUGCUAGAGCUGAGACUUACCGGGAACACGUUGACACGUAACGCAUGCUACACGUUUCUUCGAUCAGCGUAUGCCGAAGGACGGGAGAUCGUAGUUUGUGUAAAACCAUUGCCAGGUGAAGCGCCAGUGCGCUACCAGGGUUCUAUCGUUUUCUUCGACCGCGGAUCGAACAUGUUAUUAGGAGACGUGAAGGUACGUUGUUUUUGA